GGCAUCACCUGGGGCCAGCAGAGGGGAGGUGGGACCAGACAGACAAUCUCACCGUGGAUCCCGGCGGGAAGAGCGCCACAAGCUGGGGGUGGAGGGCGGAUCAACGAGAUCCAGGCCGGAGGAGGCGAGACGGCUCACGGGGCCCGAGGCGGAGGGCGCGGGGGAAGAGGCAGAACGCGGGGGAAGAGGCAGAAGACGGGGCAGAGGCGCAAUCGUCGGGGAAAGAGAGGCGCUUGUGAGAUUGGGGACGUGGCGUGAAUGCCACGAGCAACCGGAGCAGGAUAUGCCACCGACGAAUCAGGAAGCAGAGGAAUCUGACAACAUCGAUGACGGGGAGGAAUAUGUAGCUGAGGCAUCACAAGCCUCAGAAGAGAUCUCACUGGAGGAGGAAGGAGGCACGGCAAGGAGAGCUAGGAGGCGCAGCACGGACCGAGCGCUGCUUAGAGAGGACGAGACCCGCGUGGCGCUUCAGCUUGACAUCGAGAAUGCAUUAAAUAGCGUCGAACGACCAGCGUUUUUCCAAGCGCUAUCGCAAUCUAGCCUGCUCUCACUUCUGCCCCUCGUCCGCACGCUGUACGACGGCCCGUUCCGUCUCCUAGUGGACCACAGGCUCGGAGUCGGCCAGAUCGUGAGGAGCCGAGGAGUCCGUCAGGGAGAUCCACUGGGCCCGCUUCUCUUUGCGGCGGCGAUCCAACCAACACUCCAGAGCACGGCAACACUCCUCCCCGAAGUGGCGAUCGUUGCUUACGCCGAUGACAUCACCAUCGUGGGUCCCCGGGACGCGGCGUACGAUGCCUUCAUCAACGUCACGAGGGAGUUGACAUCACUCGGACUCCGCUGCAACAUUGCCAAGUCCGCAGGAUGGGAGCAGUGCACAGGGGGAGGAAAUGAGAUACCACCACCAUAG